GCAGAAUCUCUUGGAAAGCAUAAUAUAUUAAUUCAAAUCAAAAACUUACCAUGGAGACGUAUGGAUGCAUAUAUUCACAGGAUGAAUGAUCAUAGGUUAGCAGCGGAUUUUAUUGCUACUUUAACUAUGCAUUUUUGUUCACCAUUGCCACUUAUUGGGAGGACCUGGGGGGAUAAUACCGCAAAUCACCCUGCAGUGGGCGAAGCAUUCUUCCUUCUUAGGGACCCGGGGGGAUCCUACUGCAAAUCAGCCCGCAAAAGGCGAAGCAUCCUUCUGGAGGAUAAACAAAAAGUAGAUACCUUGAGACACAUGGAUGCAUAUAUUCACGGGAUAAAUGAUCAUAGGUUUGAGCGACGGAGGAAGUAUAUUUCAAGGAAUAAUAGGAAUAUUAUUGUAGUGAGAAUUUCAAGAAUGGAGCCAAAAGGUAUUAGGUCGAAGGUUAGCAUUUUGAUGCUGGUGGUAGUAAUGUUGAUAGCCACAUCAGGUGAAGUCAAGGCAGAUUUCAAGUCAUGCAAUGACAGAUGUCUGGACAGAUGCACAUACCCUAAGAAGGAAGAAUGCUUCGCCCACUGCAGGGUGAUUUGCGGUAUCAUCCCCCCAGGUCCUCCCAAUAAGUGGUUAGGAAAGGAGAAUUGA